AUGAAGAAGUGCCCCAUCGUCGUUACUGGUCCAACAGGUUCUGGAAAAUCAACACAAUGCAGAAUGCUAUCCCAAUUACUCUCAAUUGACUACAUUCAUGAAUAUAUCGAUCUUCCAGGAGGCGAAGAGAUGCUUGGCAAACUCAUCGGUGGUGAAAUCUCAAUGAUCAACUUCCAGGACUAUGUUUUAGCCAAGUUUGACGAACAACUUGCUGAGUCAAAGACAGAUGUUUUCGUUAUUGAACGUCUCCCCGAAGAAUGCUCCAUGAUCUUUUGUGAUGGCGAUGAAACAGUUCUCAGCAAGGCACGUGCUGUCCAAAACAAGUAUGGAAUCACAGGAUUUGCUGGUGACAUGAAAGUCAUCACAAUCAACAACUACGGACAGAGCCCGAAUGCUGUCUUAAACGAAAUCCUUGGUACAAUCUUCGGUACCAAGAAUGUUACACCAGCUGACGUCCAGCAUCUUGCUAACACAUCUGGUGUUGUUAUUUAUCUUAAGUCUACACCAGAUCUUUGCAUGGAAAGAAUGAGAAAGCGCGGUCGUGGCCCAGAAGCCAAGACAAAAUACUCAUUCAUUGAAAAUAUGUGCAACAAGUACGAAAAUUAUAUUAAUCGCUUUACAAGCGUUUAA